AUGGUGAAGGAGCCCAGGAGGAAGGAGGCAAAGUGGGUAGAGGCUGAAGACUAUGGGAGGCAGCCGGCGAGACUAGUGAAGAGGGAUCGGAAGGGGGAGGGGGAGGGGGAGAGGGAGGGGGAGGGGGAGGACAAGCGGCGGGUGUUCUCUCUUGCGGGCCCGGUGCGAUGGGAGUGUCUCCCUCAGAAGGCGAAGGAUGCUUUCACGUUGAACGGCAAGAUCAGAGUAUAUCCUUACUUCUUCGACGGGGACGGGCAGCAGGGGCAGGAGAGGAGGACAUGGACGGACAAUCAAAUCGACGAAUUGAUGGGAAAAGCGAAGAGAGGAGAGGAGCUCUCGUUGGGGUACUGCGGAGCCAGCAAAUACCUCCUAUCAGCCUUCUCGUCGUUCUCUAUUCAAAGCAAGCAGGCGAUGGUGAUCGGCUCUAUCAACCCUUGGGUUGAAGCUUUGCUCCUCCUCAGCAAAGUCUCCACCUUCGAGCAGUGGUCCGAUGUUGUUUUCAGCGCUCUCGCGGUCACUCAGCCGGGGCAGCAGCCGAUCCCCCAGCAGCAGCCCAGCAGCAUACUCUUCUUCCACCUGUGGGUCAUCAUCUCCUGCUUCUUCCUCCUCCAGCUCGUCAUCGGCGUCCUCAUCGACGCCAUCAAUCAAAGGAGCGGCAUCGCCCUCUACACGGACACCCAGCGCAACUGGUUGAGGAUGCGCAUGCGCAUGAGCUCCCUCAACCCGCUCCUCCCCGACCACGCUGUCGACGCUGGCUAA